CACGCGCGGCGACCAAUCGCGUCGCAGGAAGGUGCCUCGUCUUUAGGUUAGGCGCGUCUUUUCGCGUUGCUCGCACUGAGUCCUCGUUUUCUCUCUCUUCAAUACCCGACACGCGGUAUAUUUAUCAAUGUUUCAAGUGCAAAAAUCUUUAGAGGAUUUGGAGGAUUUUAGGCAACGCAAACAAGUCUCUUUUUGCCUUCGACUGCCGCCUUCGAAGGAAGAUUCAAUCUACUUGCAACGCACUGUAGCGUCUACGCGCCACGCGGUCUAUGCGCGCGGUUACAUAUACACUCGCGAUUGUAAUUGUCACGUGCGAUGGCGAUAACGAGGGGUACACCCGCGAUUGCGGUCGCCGGCGUGCAUCUGACGCGCGCUCUCCCGCCUCCCGGACGGGGAAACCACGCCGGGCGCGGUGCGAGGGCGACGAGACGAAUCGGAUCGGCGUCCCACGCGAUUAUCGCGCGCGGACGCCUCACGGACGUUCUGCGUUCGGGUAUGAGUUAUUCAUACGCCGCGCGGCGCCGUGUGUCCCGCCUGCGUCUGUACACGCGGCGUCAGAGACUGCGUGCUUCGGAAAGCCCCUCCGGAAUCCCGAAGCUCCCUCGUUCGAUCUGGCUCGAGAACCGGGCGCGAAGAGCGACGAUCUCCGCGGGGACCUCCGGGCGAUAAUUCUUGGGCCGAGAUUUACGCGGACACGAGUCCGGCUUGAAAUUUAAGAUCCAAAUAUUGACGCAUCACAUCUGAUUCAGAAAGUCUCGCGUGUCAAAGUUGUGAAGUGAUUUGUAUCGUUUAUACGCGUGCGGACGACAGUUUUGGACGUCGAAGGGCGAUAAGAGAUUCUGCGUUUGAGUAACAUCGGGGCUCUAAGCGCAACACCUUCAGUUAGUAAUUUACCAACAAAUUUGAAAGUUUAUUUACUAGCUGAUACGGCGCUGAUUUGAUCGCCUACAAAAAAUUUGCCGUUUUUAUGCAAUCAUAAUUUUUAAAAAAUCAUUGGAAAGAUCGAUAAUCUGGUCGAAUUUUGGUCCUCGUCUGAGCUUCAUGAAUCGCCCAUCCGAGCGAAACAGACAUUGAGACAAAUAUUUCGAGCGCACCCAUAGUGAUAAUGUUGACGCUAAUCGGCUUAUACACGUGCUUCUGUUUACUCCGAAUUGCGAGCAGCUCGACCUUGACAGCACCCCCUCUGUCGGCUCUAGUAAUUGCAUUUGAAAACGUAUAUGAUCUGUCACUGUUAGCUAAUACCUUGUCGGAUCACGGGAUUGAUGCGACGUUGAUAAUACCAGGAUACGCUGCCAACGAUCUUUACAAUAAGCUGAUAGACGUUGAAGUAUUGCAACUGGAUGUUAGCGCCGAUAAGCCGAUGCACGCUAGCAAACGUUCGCUAGAAGUAUGCGACAGUCUCUUCCGGGAUAAAGAAAUAUUGAAGAGAAUACAAGAAUUUCAGCCUACGUUCACCAUAUUUCCAGCAUUAAGACACGAUGGUUGCUUGGUUCCAUUUGCAAAACAUAUUGAAUCGAUUCCAGUAAUCUGGAUAAAAAAUCCAGAUGAGGAGCUGUAUGCAUUUGAAUGCACUAGAGUUGCUCUGCCGGUGCAUAGUGGUGGAUUUUGGGCAAGACUUUCGACAAGUUUCUCAGGAAGAACCAUAUUUUCCAGUGUUAAAAAUGAUUAUCUAAUUCCCGCUCUACGAUUAGCAACCAAAUAUCUGCCGGACGUUAAUAUCGAUUUGGAGCACCUUUAUUCGGAUGUUCGACUGGUGCUUUGGGCAGGCGAUACAGCGUUACGUUCUGAUUUUGCGCCUUUAACAGAGCUACUUGUGAAGAUCGGCUGUCAUCACUGCAGAGGAGUAUAUCAUUUACCUGAAAAUUUGCAAAAGUCAUUGGUAGAAUAUAGGACGGGUACUAUCGUCGUUCUUCUAGAAGAGAAUUACGAGACGUUAAUACGAGAACUGGCAAAGAAAUUGCCUCAAGGCAGGGAAGGUCAAGCUGUCAUAUGGCGGAAUAAGAGCAAUACAAACGUCGCCAGGCCGGAAAAUCUGUUCAUUGACGAGGACGUCGAUCGGCAAGACUUGAUAGGUUACAGCCGAACCCGAAUGGUGUUGAGUCAUUGUACCGAUACGGAAUUCCUGGAAGCCGCCUUUCACAGGACGCCUCUGAUAUGUCUGCCGAGGGACGCCCACGAGUCUCGCAACGCGGCCCGCGCGGUCGAGUUGGGCUUCGCGCGUUCCACCGAGGCCGCGAACGAUCACGCCUCCGCCGUGGAGAUCGCGCAGAUAGUGAACGAGAUCCACGAGACGGUGGCGUAUCGUGAAAGUGCGCGGAAGGUCUCCGUGGCGAUGCGCGACCAACUGAACCCACCGUCGGACAGGCUCGUCUAUUGGCUGGGCUAUAUCGCGAGGACGAAAGACGACACCGAGAAGUUCCACAGACCGAAGAGUCAGGCGAGGACGCUCACGGAGGACAUUCAAUUGUUCGUCGGCCUUCUGGUAGGUGUGAUCAUCGGGAUCGUCUGCACGGGCAGCGCGGUCGUCGCGCGAUAUCUCGUCACGGCUAACAAAGUGCAAAUAUCAAAGGGACGUUACAAGCAAUAGAGUGCGUUCCACUGAGACUCGACUUGACAUACGCAUGCAUGGACAUUUUCCGUAUAUACAUAUAUAUACAUAUAUAUUUUUAUUUAUAUAAAUGCACGUAGAAUACAGGUACAUACGAAUACAAAGGUUUUACGAGCUAGGAGUUAUCUCAUAGUUAGCGAAGAGACAUUUUUUACUAUUAUUAUUACUAUUAUAUAUUAUUACGAGAACACCUUCUCAUAAUUUGACUGAAAAGGACUACAAAGGUCUAAUGAAGGGUGAUGUAGAUUAUCGUGAAGAAAAUAAAUUACAGUUUGUCAAUACUGAAUUCUGUAUGUCGUUGGCACGAGCGUAUUCCCUCGUGUUUUGCGUGUUUUACCGCUAAGUUCUUACAGUAUACGGACGAAUCGCGAUAUCCACUACGUUACUUAAGGCCGUAUCCUAAAGAAAUAAAAGAGACGAGGUAUGCAACCUCACGAAAUAACACGUUUAAUGAUUUAUGUCCAUAGAAUAUAUUCGCAAUAAUGCGAAGUAUCUUACGAGUGAAUUCAUCGAGUAAGCGUUUGUCCACUAAUUAAUUAGAUCUGUGGAGUAGUAAUUUCAUAUUCGCAGAAAUUUAAUAAGCACAUUCCGCACACGUGUCUGUAAUUGGCAUAAUACCAUAAUAUGCAUGCGUAUAUGAUGGUACUAUGUAACGUACGCGAAUAAUCCCUUCCGAUAAUUCGAGUGAAUUAUUUCAGCAGAUUAUUUGAGAAGUUGCAGAUUCCCGUUUAUAAGACAUUGCGUAAUAUUUAAUAUUUAUAGCUAUAAAAUAAUAAGCAUAUAUCUAUUGUAUAUAUCUAGGCCUUUCAAAAUAAUAAUUGCGCGAUGCGUUAUAAUGCUACUACAAUUUCGGCCGAAGAGAAUGCGCGAGAAAUCUCGCGUGUAAUUCGUUGUGAGCUUAGUGUGUCCGCUGGUAUGGGCAGGGGAGGAGGGGGAUCCGAAAGAUUCGUAAAUGACUAGACUGCCGACUUUAACUGGCGCGGCAUGCGAUAAAAAGCGGUAUCAUAUGUAUAUUAUAUAUAUAUUAUCGUCAUAUUAAAUAUAUAAAAUAGUGACGGUGAGAGAGAGAUAUAUAAUCACGGAUAAUGGGAUAAGAGUAUUUCGUGUGGAACUCUGAAAAAACGCAACGCGGAAGAUUUUUUUUUUUUCAUCCCUAAACGAAGCCUAAGCGCGAAACGCCUAUAUGUAUAUACAACGACGAUUACGGACGUAAAGAGUCUAGAAAAAACAGUGAGACGAUCUAUUUACAUUCAUUGGCAGUAUUGUUCCCGAUUCGUGGCGAGUCAAGGG